UCAAAAAACAUUUCAGGCAAAUUUGCAGCUAUCAAGUGGCAGUAAAUCAGUAUUUGUACGAGUAUGAGUUUAUGGCGUAAUAGUAAUGAAAUUGGGAGCUUUCCGUCUUUUAUUUUUAUUUUAUUUUAUUUUUGUUUAGGUAAAUCUGAAUCUGUUGAGUUCUUUUAAUAAGAAGCUGAAUCUGUUGAGUUAGUUUCAAAUAUGAGUUGGCAGUUACAGUUCCGAAUAUAUUUUUGGGUUUAUAAAAAAUUGAGCGGCACAAUUUAAACCUCAAUUGAACGCCAAACUCUCUGCAAAACCCUAAACCCGCGAUGGGGAAGAAGAGCAAGCAGCAGCUAAGAAUGGCGAAAGCAGAGGGCCAAAGUAAUCAAGAGGAGAUUCUGAAAACCCUCGGAGACUUCACAGACAAAGAGAAUUGGGACAAAUUCUUCACAAUUCGAGGCAGCGACGAUUCCUUCGAAUGGUACGCCGAGUGGCCGCAGCUCCGCAACUUACUCACGGAGAAUCUCUCAUUCCCGGAGAAACCUCCCAAGGAGGUGAGUAUCUUGGUGCCGGGGUGCGGGAACUCGAGGCUCUCGGAGCAGCUCUACGAUGCCGGAUUUCAGAGCAUAACGAAUAUUGAUUUCUCGAAAGUGGUGAUUAUGGAUAUGUUGAGGAGGAAUGUGAGAGACCGGCCGCAGAUGAAGUGGCGAGUUAUGGACAUGACUGAGCUGCAGUUUCACGAUGAGAGCUUCGAUGCUGUUGUGGACAAAGGAGGAUUGGAUGCCUUGAUGGAGCCCAAGCUUGGUCCAAGAUUAGGCCAUCUCUACUUAACUGAGGUAAAGAGGGUUCUGAAACCUGGAGGAAAAUUCAUCUGUCUCACCUUAGCUGAAUCUCAUGUCUUAGACCUACUUUUCCCUAAAUUUCGAUUUGGGUGGAAAAUGAGUCUUCAUGCCAUUUCUCAAGGGCCACCAUAUGGAACCCCGAAACUGCAGACUUUUGUGGUAGUCGCUGAGAAAGAUUCUCCUACUUCAAUAUCUGAUAUAUCAUUGUUCUUGGGUGAAUAUUCAAUUGAACGCCAUGGUAAUCAGGCUCGAAAAUUAUAUGAAACACUAGAAAAAGAAAGAAAGAUUCGCACAGAAUACUCCAACGACUCUGAUGUAUCGUACUCAAUUGAAGACUUGAGAUUCGGGGCAAAAGGAAACAUUUCAAUUCUUCAACCUGGUCGUAGGAUAAAGCUUAUCUUAGGUGAACCUGGAGUAUCCAAUUUUGUCUAUAAUGGCAUGCUUCUUGAUUCUAAGCAAGAUCCAGAAAACUUCAUCCAUCACUAUGGUGUAUUCAUUGUUCCCCAAUUGAGAACUCAUGAUUGGCUUUACACAUCAGAAGAAGGGCAGUGGCUUAUUGUUGUAAGUUCAAAUACUGCUAGGUUGUGCAUGGUUUUUUUGGAUUCUAGUAAUUCCAUUUUUUCUAUGGAGUCCAUCCAGUCGGACCUUUCUCCUUUAGUCAAGCAGUUGGCUCCAAGCUACGGUGGCACUGAUCUUCAAAUUCCAUUUUUGGCAGCAGGUGAUGGAAUUAAGAAGCGAGAUAUUGUGCACCAGGUUACAUCUGACUUGACUGGUCCAAUCAUCGUGGAGGAUGUGAUCUAUGAAGCUAUUAAUAAAAAUGAUCCUUAUAAGGGUCAUAAGUACCGGCGUCUCACUUUCGAAAGAACUGAGAAUUUGGUGCAAUCCGAAGUUCUUCUAUCGACAAAUUUUGACUCUCUCUCAUCUAGGACUCCUGGUUCAAGCGGUGAAACGGAAGUUAUUCACAACUACUUAGCUAGUCCGUACCACAAUGGGAUUAUUUCAGGAAUACUGUUGAUCUCUUCACAUUUGAACAUAGCUACCACAUUCGGAAACUUGGUAAAAACAGUGGUUCUUGGUCUGGGGGCAGGACUACUUCCUAUGUUCAUGAAGAAAAAUCUACCCACCCUCAAGAUUGAGGUUAUCGAGUUAGACCCGGUGGUAUUGGAUGUUGCUAGAGAAUUUUUUGGUUUUGAAGAAGAUGAGCGCUUGAAGGUACAUAUUACGGAUGGUAUUAAAUUUGUUAAGGAGAUAGCAGAUUCUAAGGUUGAGACAGAAGACAAAAGUUUCUGCAAAAUCGACAUUCUUGUAGUGGAUGUAGACUCAUCAGACACAAGUUCUGGAUUGACAUGCCCUGAGGCGGACUUUGUCGAGGAAUCUUUUAUGUUGGCCGCAAAAGAAUCACUUUCUGAGCAAGGUUUAUUCAUCAUCAAUCUGGUAUCGAGAUCCUCUACCGUGAAAGAUGCAGUGUAUUCGCGCCUGAAAAAGGUAUUCAGCAACAUCUUUUGCCUCAAGAUCGACGAAGAUGUCAACGAAGUACUUUUUGCGCUCAAAACGGACUCUGCCAUUGAGGAGGACCAACUCUCCGAAGCUCGCAAUGUAGUUGCCAGAUAUUCAGAGGAGGUGAGCAAAGAGUGGAGCGAAAAAGUUGUGGUUUUGUCAAAAUCGAUCGAGCUACUGAGUUGAUGAGAGGAAGAGAUGAAAGUAGUUGUACACAAAUUCUAUUUCUUUUUUCCUUCAGUUUCAUGAUGAAACAUUCUUAUACAUACUGUACAUGCAUACUACUAUAUGCAAAGGGUUGAGUUUUGGUGAAAACUAGCCCUAGCUUCAAAUGGAAAUUUAAGAUUAUGGAGCUAAUACAAAAUCAUAUCUAAAACA